GAAGGUAUGAAUGAGAGUGGGAAAAGGAUUGCUCUUCUUUUCUUAGAAUAGAUUGGGAAAUGGAAAAGCAUUCACCUUUUUCUUAUUAACUAUGAAACGGGGUUUCUUUUCCAGUUUAGAGCAGAUAAUUUGUGUCUGUGAUUGAUUAAGAAAUUAUGAUUUUAGGUUAGAAAUCAAUGUAAGAACAAGAUCAUCCAAUUCUUGUUCUAUUCACUUUUUUAUUCCCUAAAAGUUAGCAGCGAUUUGGCUUUCCAAAUUAUAAUGACUAUAAGCUUAAGCAAAUUUGUUGAUAUUGUUGGAGUAAAGGAGAGUAAUUAUUGAGUUGCCUUCUAGUUGAUUAGUUUGUUAGGACUGGACUGGAUUGUGUAUGGAGGUCAGUGCAAAGACUGGAUAUUAUUGUGUUUGUUACAUUAAGUAGGCCUUCAAAAACUGGCAUUUAAGGGCAUCCCAUUUUACCAUAAAUCCAUGUGCAUGUGCUGUACUAAGUGUUCUCACCGAUGAGUUUAUGCAAAUUAUGCUGUAGCUUGGUCUGCAGAGAUUACCAGACUACUGUUGUUGUGCUUUAAGAAUUAUAGUGAAACCUUGCAUGAUGGAAAUCGAGUGGCCCCUGUACCUGUAAUUGAAAUCUCUAUCAUAAAUUCUCAGCCUUGACAAUGUAACGUGUUUUAGAAUUAGUGUCUCCGCUACAUGAGAUAAACAUAUAUUCAAGUGGCUUGUUAUGGUACAAAAGCCCCUCGAAGUUCUGCUUGUUUCACCUUUAAGCAACUCUGAAAGAGGCUGGAGCCAGUAUUCCUUUCCUUUAAAAACUAUUCCUUUCCUUUCCUUUCACCUCCUCCAUUUCCAUCCAGCCAUGAUGGCAGCCCUUCAGACCGAUCAGCUCAAGCAGCUCAAGGACAUCUUCAUUCGCUUCGACAUGGAUUCCGAUGGCAGCCUCACGCAGCUGGAGCUCGCUGCGCUUCUACGUUCUCUUGGCCUCAAACCUACAGGUGAUCAACUUCAUGUUCUGUUAUCAAACAUGGAUGCUAAUGGAAAUGGUUAUGUUGAGUUUGAUGAGUUGGUCAGUGCUAUAUUGCCUGAUAUGAAUGAAGAAGUAUUGAUCAACCAGGAGCAGUUGUUGGAGGUUUUCCGAUCAUUUGACAGGGAUGGCAAUGGAUUCAUUACUGCUGCUGAGCUUGCAGGAUCAAUGGCUAAAAUGGGACACCCUUUGACGUAUCGUGAGCUAUCAGAUAUGAUGAGAGAGGCUGACACCAAUGGAGAUGGUGUUUUGAGUUUUAAUGAGUUUGCAAACGUCAUGGCAAAAUCUGCUGCUGAUUUUCUUGGCAUCAAAGUUCCAUAGAGCCUGAUCGAUGAUGGGUAUGGUCUUGUUAAUACAUGGACAUGGACGUGGCGGGGAUCUGCAAUAUCCAUUAAUGUGUCAUUAGCAUUUUGUUCUCUGAUGGGGAUCUGCAAUAUCAUUGAUGGUUUGGCAUGAUCCGAUGACCUUUUCCUUUCACGUAUUUUUUUCUUUCAUCUUUCUCGUAAUUUCAUGUGUGCGUAGAUGUAAUUCUUUUAAGAUCUGGUCAUAGGAUACCUGUAAACAAGAUGGAACGAGGAGAGACCUGAAUCCCACUUGAAACAUCGUUAACACAACUUGUAGAUUGCAUAAUGUUAUAUUUAUUGUAGUGGUUGGAAUUGUCGACAUAAAUAAAUAACAUGAAAACGACAUUUUGUCUACCA